UUACAAAAUGUUUCAGACUGUUAAGCUCUAAUGAGGACAAACUGCACAGCUGCCCAUGCAGGCCUGGCAAUUACACUGAGAUUAUCUUGAGGAGCUGAACUCCUUCCAAGUGCCCUGAUGUUUGGAUAAGUGCAGCUGUGUUAUGUGCUGAAGGAAGACUGUUUGGUGAAAGCAGGGGAGUGAGGAGUGAAGUUAAUGAUUAUCCCCUUGUAUCCUGGGACCCAGGCUCCUGCUCUGCCCCAGCCAGAGUGGUGGAGGCUCACAAGGCAGCAUGGUCCCACUCUUUCCUUUGGCUGUGAUUGUGGGUCUGCUUAGUCUGAUAGGCCCUGCCAGGAGCCCAAAGACAGAGCCCCUGAGUGGCUCCAGUGAGCAGCCUCUCUUCCGUGGAGCUGAUCGCUAUGACUUUGCCAUUGUUGUCCCUGCAGGUGGCACAGAGUGCUUCUGGCAGUUUGCACAUCAGAGCGGCUACUUCUACUUCAGCUAUGAGGUACAACGGACUUCGGGAAUUGGACAUGACAGACAUGUCUUGGCCACUGCAAACGAUCCCAAUGGCCUCCAAAUGGGCACGUCCCAGGAUGUACGAGGACAGAUGAACUUCCCAACCAAAGAGACAGGUUUUUACCAGCUGUGCUUGAGCAAUCAGCUCAACCAUUUUGGUGUCGUUCAGGUUUAUCUCAACUUUGGUGUGUUCUAUGAAGGCUUUGACCUGCAAAACUCACCAGACAUGGAAAGGAAGAAAAUUAAUGACACGCUGGAGGCAAUUGAGGAGAGCACCCGCAGUCUGCAGGCCCACAUCUUCCACAUGUGGCGCUUUUAUAACUUUGCCCGGAUGAGGAAAGCGGCUGACUAUUUCAUCCUUCAGUCCAACUAUAACUAUGUGAACUGGUGGUCACUGGCUCAGAGCCUCAUCAUUGUCCUCUCGGGUGUCCUGCAGCUGUAUUUCCUAAAGCGGCUCUUCAAUGUGCAGCCCACUACUGCCACCAACAAACCAAGGUGCUAAGGCUUCUGGCUUACACCACUGCUGGACCCAUGCA